AUGGAGUCAACCCGUGGCCCUCCACGGGUCAAGAAUAAAGCCCCCGCACCCGUUCAAAUCAGCGCUGAACAACUCCUCCGUGAAGCCGUUGAUCGGCAAGAACCCUCUCUCCAAGCGCCCACAACUCGCUUCGCCGACCUCGAAGAGCUUCAUGAAUUCCAAGGUCGAAAGCGUAAAGAGUUCGAAGAUUAUGUCCGCCGUAAUCGGCUGAAUAUGAAUAAUUGGCUGCGCUAUGCUGCCUGGGAGGGCGAACAAAGGGAAUUCCGACGGGCGAGAAGCAUAUUCGAGCGGGCUCUUGACGUGGAUUCCAGCAGCGUGAUAUUGUGGCUGAGGUACACUGAGGCCGAAAUGAAAAAUCGGUCUAUCAACCACGCACGAAAUCUUUUCGAUAGAGCAGUCACUAUCUUGCCGAGGGUAGACAAGAUUUGGUACAAGUAUGUGUACAUGGAGGAGACCUUGGGGAAUGUUAGCGGUACACGCCAGGUGUUCGAGCGCUGGAUGAGCUGGGAGCCGGAUGAAGCUGCAUUCUCCGCUUAUAUCAAUUUAGAGAAGCGGUAUGGUGAGUAUGACCGUGCAAGAGGUAUUUUCGAGCGUUUCACCGUGGUGCAUCCGGAGCCAAGAAACUGGUUGAAGUGGGCUCGAUUCGAGGAAGAGAACGGUACUAGCGAGCUUGUUCGUGAAGUAUUCGGCACCGCUGUUGAGACGUUAGGAGAAGAUUUUAUGGACGAGAGCAUUUUCCAAGCCUACGGGCGUUUUGAGGCUAAACUGAAGGAAUAUGAAAGAGCAAGAGCAAUCUACAAGUACGCGCUCGACAGACUUCCACGCUCGAAGGCGAUGAAAUUGCAUAAAGCAUAUACUACGUUCGAGAAACAAUUUGGCGAUCGUGAAGGCGUCGAGAACGUCAUUCUUUCCAAACGCCGUGUUCGAUACGAAGAACAAUUGAGAGGAAAUCCCUUCAAUUACGACACUUGGUUUGACUUUGCUCGUCUAGAAGAGUCAAGUGGAGAUGCCGCCCGUACAAGAGACGUCUUUGAGCGCGCCAUAGCCCAUCUACCACCAACCCAGGAAAAGCGCCAUUGGCGUCGCUACAUCUAUCUCUGGAUAUUUUACGCGGUGUUCGAAGAGCUUGAGAAUCGCGAGACCAAUCAAGCUCGCGCAAUAUGGGCAAAAUGUCUCGAAAUCAUUCCACACCAAAAAUUCACCUUCGCGAAAGUCUGGCUCAUGAAAGCACAUUUCGAGCUUCGCCAUGGCGAUCUGACCGCUGCUCGAAAAACCCUGGGGCGAGCUAUCGGUAUGUGUCCGAAAAAGAAGCUCUUCCAAGGUUAUAUCGAGAUGGAAACGAAACUGGUAGAGCUCGUGCGGUGCAGGACUUUAUACGAGAAACACAUCGAGUUUGACCCCUCUAAGCCUUAUGGUUGGAUAGAAUUUGCAAAAUUUGAGCGCGCUCUAGACGAUCUGGAGCGGGUUCGAGCCAUCUUUGAGUUGGCGAUCAAUCAGCUGGGACUGGACAAGCCCGAAUUAGUCUGGAAGCAAUACAUCGAAUUCGAAGACGAUGAAGGGGAGUUCGAGCGCGCUCGAGCACUUUAUGAACGUCUAUUACAGAUACAAAAUCACGUCAAGGUCUGGAUCAGUUAUGCGCAAUUCGAAGUUAAUGUAGAUGAUGGGGAGGAGGUUGUUGAGGUGGAUGAUGGGGACGAAGAGCGACCAGUAUCCGAUGCCGCCAAAAGCCGAGCACGCGCCGUUUUUAGGCGCGCAGAUAAGACAAUGAAAGAAAAGGAGCUUAAGGAAGAGAGGGUGGUGUUAUUGAAUGCAUGGAAGAGUUUCGAGGACACGCACGGCAGCAUGAUGGAGAAGGAGGCGGUGGAGAAGAUGAUGCCUCGACGAGUGAAGAAGAGACGGAGAUUGGAGGAUGAUAGUUUUGAAGAGUUUGUCGAUUACAUCUUCCCUGCCGACGACGAGAGUGCGGCAAGGAUGAGUAAGUUCCUGGCGAGGGUGCAUCAAUGGAAGGAAGGGAACGAGCAAGAAGGAGAGAUCUAA